CUCUCUCUAGAUCUUGUUCUUGUUCGUCUUGCGCGUUUGGAGAUGACUUGCUUUCUUGCAUUGGGCUGGUGUGGUCUGGAUCCAGAUUUCAUGAUCUUCAUCCGUUUGAUAUGAUUCUUUCCAAAAAAGUGUUUUUUCUCCUUUCAUUCUUUAGACUUUCACUCACUCGAUUUUGAAUUCGAGCGAUAGUGCCAGUGGUACUUUCUUUGUUUGAGAUCUGCGAUGGUGGACGAGCUGGAGAUGAGGGUGAUUUGAGUCGAGAGUGGUCUCUCCUUGCGUGCUUGGUACCAGUCAUAUUCUUGAGCUUGGCGGUGUCUACCAAUAUACGCUCGGCAUUCUCAUUCAAGUUCGUGGGUCUGUUUCUUUCAGAGCACCAGAUCUGUCGUUGGUAACCGAGAGUAGAGGAAGAAUCAAAGAAGAGAAGAAAAAUAAAUGGCACAGAGGGUCGCUCGAGGAAGGGUCGCCAUGGAUUUGAAGCUCUCCAUUCUCUCAGCAUUGAACAAGCUAGCAGACAGGGACACACAGCAGAUUGCCACGGACGAGCUCUUGAGGAUUGCCGAGACCCUCCAGCCGGACGGGAUCUCCGUGUUCCUGGGAUGCCUCUACGAGAUAAGUUCGGACCAGAAGAGCGUAGUUCGCAGGGAAGGCGUGAAGCUACUCGGGAUCCUGGCAACUUUGUAUGGAGAUUUGCUCACUCCACACCUCCAGAAGAUCAUAGCUUCGCUCGUCAAGAGGCUCAAGGAGCCCGACUCCAACAUCAGGGACGCUUGUGUGGAUACUUUCGGAACUUUGGUCGCUCACGUCCCGGCUCCGGCGUCCCUGGCGAAUGGUGGCAGCGGUGGUGGAAACCAGGAUCAAGUUGCUUUCUCGGGGCCUGUGGGAGUUUUCACCAAGCCGCUGUUUGAUACGCUCAACGAGCAGGCGAGGAGCGUCCAGAUUGGUGCCGCCAUGUCGCUUGCCAGGGCCAUGGAUAAUGCUCGAGACUUGCCACCCGCUUGUACGCAGCGGCUUUGCGUGAGAAUUCUCAAGUUCCUUUCCAGUCCCAACUUCAACGCCAAGCCAGCUUUGUUGCCGUCUCUCGGUGGACUUUCUCGGGCAUCAGGUGUUGGGAUAACUCUGCAUUUAGCAGCUAUUAUAGCGUCCUUGCAAGAGUCGCUGCAGAGCAGCGACUGGGCAACGCGCAAGGCUGCCGCGGAUACUUUCGCCUCCGUCGCAUUGAGUGUCGGAGGACCACCUUUGACCAACUUCAAGUCAUCGACCAUGGCGCUUUUGGAUUCAUAUCGUUUUGACAAGGUGAAGCCGGCUCGGGAAUCUGUCGUUGAUGCUAUCCACAUCUGGAAGAAUGUUCCUGAUCCUCCCGUAGUGGAUUCGUCUCCUUCCAGGACCGUUUCCACGAAAAGUAAUGACUCGAAUGGAACGCUGAAAUCAUCUUCCAACCGGAAGCACUUGACGAGUGACCUGCUACGGAGAUGCAGUCCCAAUUCCGCUACGAGUGCUGAAGACAAAGGAUCCGUGAAGAAGAAGACGACGGGCUCGUCCGGUGUUUCGGAGCGAAAGACCAACUUAGAUUUCUUCCGGAAACUCUCCAUCCGGAACUCGGACGAUUGGCAGAUCGAGGUGGCUGUUCCUCGAGGGUCUCCGCCAGCUUCUCACAACAAGGAGAAUCACGAAGAGGCGGCAGUGGUGACGCAACAGGUUCUGGACAAGCAUAUCCCCGUUCCCGCUGGGAAAGUCGCGGCGGUGGUGAACGCGUUGAGCAAUGGUAGCUUGAGUGAAAGUCACGAGGAGAAAGACAAGCUCGGAUUUAACAGGAGGCCGAGUGAGGUGGUGACGAGCAAGUUCGAAGCCGUGGAGACAAAGCCGCCCGUGGAAGAAGUGAGAAGCAUCAACAAGGCCACGAGUAAUGGAUGGUCUCAACACUCUCACUCUCAGCAAUCACAGCAGCAGCAGCAGCAGCAAAAGCAAGUCGACGCAAGCAACUCAAGCAGCGAGCAGCAGAAGAAGAGCGAGGAUUUAGUUUCGAUAGGACGUCAGCUCUCACAGCUCGAGAAGGGGCAGUCGGACUUGAUGGAGAUGCUCCAGGAGUUUAUGGGAAACAGCCAUGAGAACACCUUGAGUCUUGAGUCUCGGGUCCAGAGAUUAGAGAGAGCUCUAGAAGACAUGGCACGUCUCACAGCCGCUUCCAUUGGAAUUUCUAGGAACAGCUUCUUUGGAGACGAAGGUGGCGAUCAUAUGCCGGAGGUAAAUGGCUCAGCAGCGACCACGAGAGUGGCAGGCUACUUCCCGGACAGAUCUCCCAUAGGCAGCAACAACAGGUUCUUCAGAGAAAACAGUGAAACUUGGAAUGAAGUCUUCCGAGCCGGGAGAGCAAAUGGCAAUGGUGGUCGAUCUAGUCACAUUGAAAACCAGGAUGGCUCGGAGCGUAGCAGCGGCAGAGCUCACAACACCAGCAAUGGCGGUGGUCGCCUCGUCGGCGAAGGCCCGUCGGCUAGAAGUGUUUGGAGAGCCUCCAAGGACGAAGCUACUCUGGCUGCGAUACGAGUUGCCGGCGACGUUGGCGGUGGCAAUCCCCUCUGCGAGGCCGAGAACUUGAAGCUCUUAAACUCUGCCGGAUCCAUGGAAGCCAGCUCCGAGAGCGCGCAGGGCGGUGGAAAUGGUGGUGGCAACGCUCACCACCACCAACUUAACGGGAGCUCUUGGAACGUUUGGAGCCGGAUCAUGGAGAGCUUGCAGUCGGGAGAUCUGGACUCGGCGUACGAGGAGGUGAUUUGCACCGGGGACGAGCUUCUCAUGGUUCGUCUCAUGACCAGGACCGGCCCCGUACUGGACCAGCUCUCGAGCGAGACGGUCUCGGAGUUACUCCAUUCCAUCUCCCAGUUUUUGCAGCAGCCGGGCUUUGUGGAUUGCGCCUUGCCUUGGAUUCGACAGCUGACGGAGCUGUUUCGAGCAAACGGGCCUAAGUGCUUGGCUUUGUCUGCCCAAGUGAAGAAAGAGCUGCUUUCAUCCAUGCACGAAGCGUCCAUGCUGGAUUUCCCAGACCGGUGGAUGGCUGGAGCUGUGACGAAGAUGGCGAAUCAACUGGGGAGUUCGUGGUCCAUGGUGGGAGGACUCGAUUGAUCAAUCAAAGCGAGAGAUUUGUAAAUAGAUAUUCGUUCUCCUAGGGUUAGGGUUUAAGCCCUAAAAAAAGAUUGUCACUCAGUUAGGGUUUCACCCAA